GGGGCACGACGGGACGGGCGGAACCGGAAUCAGGGAGCCGGGAUCACCGGGAUCGGGGAAGCGGGACCGGCCCGAGCUCCGGGAGCGGAGAGGGGCGGCGCGGGAGCCCCCGGCCCGGCCCCGGCGGCGCUCGGCGAUGGGGCCGGCCGGGCCCCGGCGCUCCGCCGCUCCCCGCCGCUGCCGGGGCUGAGGGCCCGCCGCGCCCGGCCCCGCCAUGGCUGCGUGCGGCUGUAACGCGCUGCUGGCCGCCGCCAGGGCCAGUUUCAGGGGCUCCCCUCUCCUGGCGCACUGCAGCCCUCGCUGCUCCCCGGCCGUGGCCCUGCUCCAGCCGCUGGAUCCCCAGCUCGCCUGGGCCUGCAGGGACCCCGGCAGGCGGCCCUGGCCCCGCCGUGCCUGCCUGGGCGCUGCCCUGCCUCGCUCGCCCGCCCUGCACACCUGCAGCCCCCAGCAGCAGCUGCCGGGGGAGCCCCUGCCCCAGGGAAAGCCCGGGGAGCAGGGAGCCAAGGCUGCUGAGAGCCCGGCCAAGCAGAGCCCGGCGGCUCCCGGGGGGAGGAAAUCCCUGCGGCAGAGGAUGGUGGAUGAGCUGAGGCAUUACUACAACGGCUUCCACCUGCUCUGGACUGACACCAAGGUGGCUGCCAGGAUGGUGUGGAGGCUGCUGCACGGGCAGGUGCUCACCAGGAGGGAGAGGAGGAGGCUGCUGAGAACUUGUGCAGAUCUCUUCCGGCUGGUUCCCUUCCUGGUGUUUGUCAUUGUUCCCUUCAUGGAGUUUCUGUUGCCUGUGUUCCUGAAGCUCUUCCCUGAAAUGCUGCCCUCGACGUUUGAGACAGAGUCCAAGAAGGAAGAGAAGCUGAAGAAGAAGUUGAAUGCAAGGCUGGAGUUAGCCAAGUUCCUGAGGGAGACCAUUGCAGAGAUGGCCAAGAGGAACAAGGCAGACCUAGGGAAGGGGAAACAACUCUCCUUUUACCUGCACGAGCCCCGUCCCAGUGGCCAGCAGCCCAGCACACAGGAGGUCGUGCGCUUCUCCAAGCUCUUUGAGGACGAGCUGACCCUGGAGCACCUGGAGAGGCCCCAGCUGGUGGCCCUGUGCAAGCUGCUGGAGCUGCAGCCCCUGGGCACCAACAACCUGCUGCGCUUCCAGCUGCUGCUGCGCCUGCGCAGCAUCAAGGCCGACGACGAGAUGAUUGCCAAGGAAGGGGUGAGCGGGCUGAGCGUGCCGGAGCUGCAGAGCGCCUGCAGGGCCCGAGGGAUGCGCUCUCUGGGGCUCUCUGAGGAGCAGCUGAAGGAGCAGCUGGGCCAGUGGCUGGAUCUGCAUUUAAAGGAGAAUGUUCCCUCUUCUCUCCUCCUGCUUUCCCGUGCCUUGUACUUAAUAGAACUAAAGCCACAAUCUGUUCCCAUUCCACAGAACAAGACAGCUGAAGCUGCUGGAGUGGUGACAUCUGUGCUUGAAGGUCAAGAGACCCUCCUGGAUCCUGCCCCUGUUGUACAGGGAAGAAAGAAUGAAGAAUUUGUGUCCCAGCCAACAGAGAAAUUGCCAUUCUCUGAAGCAUCAGUGAAGCCUCCCCCACGAGAGACCAAAAUGGAAGCAUCCCAGAGCAGCAAGGCUGGUGCCAACGGAGCCUAACCUGGAGCCAGCACUGAGGGGAGGCAGCUCCCAUCUCCACACCUCCUGCAAAGGGAGCAGGGAUUCCCCAGGAGGCUGCUCUACACAAGGAGGCAGUAGCCCUCAGGGGCCUCUCUCUCUGUCCCAAGCUUGCUAGCAACUAGGCCACUGCUGUCUGGAUGGCCCCAGACAUCUCUUUCUGUGCUGGAUCCUUGCCCUGCUAUUUUUAACUUAUGGUGUAAAUAUGUUAAUAAUGGUGCUGCUGUCUGUGCUGUUCCUGAGCAGGUGUUUGUGCUUAGCAAAGGCAGCUUUUCAUGUUAGGGAAACAGAACAAGCUGGGCUGGGGUCCAGCAAAGCCUGUUCUGCAGUGUGAAAUCCUCUGCAGGAACAUCCCCACACACCCAGGGCCAGCAGCUUGUCCUGAGGGUCACAGCUCAGGCUGUUGCUCCUGAUUAGGGUGUUUUAUCCAGCGACCAGCCCACAACAACCCACGUGGCCACAGUUUUACUGAGCACAGGGAGCAGCACUUGGUGCUGUGGUGGGACUGAUCAGAAGGGCUUCAGGCCUUGCUGGACAGGAGCAGCCUCCACCUGUGAGUGUUUCUUCUCCUGUGGGAGCUGUGCAGGUGCCACACACUGUUGACAGAAGCAGACUUUGCACUUUCAGGAUCCCUCUGGGUCACAAGAGGGAGCAACCUGGACCUGCACACCUCUCCCAGGAGUGGAGCUUUGGUUAAUCCUCACCAGGCUCAGAAUAAACCCCAAGUGCUCUCCAUACUUGCAAAGUGACUCCUCACACGCUCCAGUGAUGGCUCAGUUUUUGCCAGAUUCUCAGAGGAUACUGAAAAGCUGUUUUUAGCAUUUGUUAAAUUUUUUACUCUGUCCUAUGUAAAUGCUGAGAAAUUACUCACAUGAUGGAUUUUAAAUAUGUAUAUUUAUACUUACUGUAAAGUUAGAUUUGGUGCUAAGUAGGAAUGAAAUGUCUCUUCCAGAGGUCAGCCAGCCUUUAGAACAACCCUACUGAAAGCCAGUUCUCCAAGCUCAGGUGUGAGCAGCACUUUAAUCCCGAGGCCUCAGGCUCCUACAGCACAACAGAGCCAGCUGUCAGGUGUCCUGUGUCCUCAGCUCUGUCCCUGAGCCUCUCCUUGUUCACCCAGCCCGUCCACAGCGCCAGGGCUGUGUCUAAUAAAUGGGAACAAUUUAUUUCAAUAAAAUAACACCUUGCUGUGGAGUCA